CGGCUCUAACUGACGCGGUUUGAAUGAGCUGAGCGGCUGAGCGCGAGCGUUAUCGCGUUGUGUGUGUGUGUGUUUUGUUUUACAAACUGCGUCAGUUUUCUCUUGCAGAGUUUCGGUUCUUUAUACAGAAGUUCCAAUAAAAUCCAGUUCCGAAGGAUGACCUUUGUCAUACUGCCUCCAGCUGUCAGCGCUGCUCGUUGUGGUGAAAUAGCAAAAUAAGAGCGGCCGGGAGCGCCGAUCCAGUCAAAGACCAAAAAAUCACAUCAAGAAUGACAAGUGCUGGAAUAGAAAUACCAGAAGGAAGGAGGUUGAACAGAUAUGGAGACCUAGAAAAUCUUAACUUGACUACGGAAGACUGGAAGAUACGAUGGGAAAAGAGGCACAUUGGUUUUCAUAAGGAUGAAAUUCAUGGAUUGUUGCAGAAAUACUUGAGCACCAUUCUACAUGGGAGGAAACAAAUCCGCAUUUUUGUGCCCCUGUGUGGAAAGUCAGUAGAUAUGAAAUGGCUUGCUGACCAAGGACACACUGUUGUUGGUGUGGAAGCAUCUGAAAUAGCUAUAAAAGAAUUCUUUGCAGAACAGAACGUGUCCUACACACAGGAGUCUGUACCAGGAAUUGCAGGUGCAGAAGUAUUUCAGAGUGCUGAUGGGAAGCUAUUUUUAUUUAACUGUAAUAUGUUUGAUUUCUCAAGUGCAAUUGCUGGAAAGUUUGAUGGAAUCUGGGAUAGAGGUUCUCUGGUAGCAAUCAACCCAUCUGAUAGACAACGUUAUGCCAAACUAAUGACUACACUUAUGGCCAAAGAAUGUCACUACCUUCUGGAUGCUUUAACAUACGAUCAAGAAAAAUUUUCUGGUCCACCAUUUUCUACACCCCUGCAUGUAAUCCAUGACCUCUAUGACCAAUCAUGCAACAUUCAACUGUUAGGAUCAUCAGAUGCUUUGACUGACAGACAGAGAAGUUGGGGUCUGGAUUCCUUCACUGAACAAAUCCACUUAAUUACAUUGAAGACCAAUAUGGAUUCCUGUGGUUAAAUACAUUGACAAAUGCUGCAUUGAUUUUAUGAAAAAUUUGAAAACUAGAAAUGUAAAUCUGAUUAGGAAAAUUUAAAACAUUGGGUUUGGGAUCGAACUGGAAACUGGGGGCUUUUAGUUCCCCUGAUGGUAGAUUAUGUGCUGUAUGCUCUCUUAAUUCCAACAUGUAAGCAAGGUUUUUUUCCCUGGGGUGGAGGAAUUCAGAAUUAGAGGGCAUAGGUUUAUGGUGAAAGGGGAAAGAUAUGAACGGGAAUUAAGGGGCAACCUUUUCAUGCAGAGGGUGGUAGAAACUUUAAGAACAAAAUGAAAUGGGUUUCUUGUAUUAUUUGCAGUUAUACUGUAAAUGCAGUUCCAGGGUAUUCUGUAAGUGGCUUCCUUUCCAUUGCUUUCACCCUCCUUUCAAAAUAUUUGUCAGUAUCCCCCCCCCCGCCCCCCAACCUACAUUCGACUUCUGUGUACUCUCAACAUAAUAUUCUAUCAACAAGUUCUCAUCCAUCUCCAAAUUAGUGAUUGUAUUGCCUCCCAAAUCCAUGUCCAUCCUGUCACCACUUUUCUCGCUAUUCCAUGGUCAAAUUUCUGCUUCUGCAUUCUGCACCAAACAGCCCAAAUCAACCAUCAAAUGGCAUCUGCCGUGGAAAUAUUAUUCCUUCUUAGGUUACAUCCCAGAAGCAAAGAACAAAGAAAAUUACAGCACAGAAAUGGGCCCUUUGGCCCUCCAAGCCUGCGACAGUCCGUAACCUCUCUCCAAACCUGUCGCUUAUUUUCUAAAGGUCUAUAUCCCUUUGCUCUCUGCUCAUUCAUGUAUCUGCAGAGAUACAUGCCAUCCACAUUGUCUAUACUUCUCAUGAUUUUGUAAACCUCAAUCUUCAUCUUUCUACUGAAAAUAAUCCUAAUCUAGUCAACCUCUCUUCAUAGCUAGCACUUCCAUACCAGACAACAUCCUGGUGAAUCACCUUUGCACCCUCUCCAAAGUAUCCACAUCCUUUUGGUAAUGUAGCGACCAGAAUUGUACAUGGUAUUCCAAAUGUGGCUGAACCAAAGUCUUAUACAACUGCCAACUCAUGUACUCAAUGUCCCUUCCAAUGAAGGAAAGCAUGCCAUAUGCCUGCUUGACCACUCUAUUGACCUGUAUUGUCACCUUCAGGGAACAAUGGACCUGAACACCCAGGUCUCUUUGUAGACCAGUUUUCCCGAGGACUUGUAAUAUUGCUGCUUGUGACCCAUAUAAGGUUCAUCCCAUGCUUGUUAUUUAAUCUCAUAAAAUCAUAGAAUGGUUACAAUUCAAGCGGCAGCUUUUUAGCCCACUGUGUCUUUGCCAGCUCUCUGAAAAAGCAAUUUCUCUUUUGCCACUUCCCAGCCUCCUCCUAUUAAGUAGUGAUCUAAUUCCCUUUUCAGAGCUACACUCAAAUCUAUUUACAGGGGAAUCUUGAUUAUCCAAACGAGAUGGCCGGGCACUAUUACGUUCGGAUAAUCGAUCAUUCGGUGAAUUGAUUAAAUGCCUUUCCUCUGAUGCUGGGAGUUUUUAUAGUCUGCUUCCUCUUCAGGAAAUUGCAGCAGCAGCACAGCAUGCGAGCCCCAGCCCCAGACCCCACCGUCCCCAUCUAAUACCGCCCCCGACCCUGUCCAACAGCGCCCCCCCGCUCCUCAACCCCAUCCAACACUGCCCUUGACCAACACUGCCCCCUGCCCUACACUGCACCCCUCUCCUUGCGUGCACCUCCGCCCCCUCUCUGAGGCAGCUGGACUGGACACCAACAAGACUGCAGCUGCUGCUGCACUUGCCUUCGUGGGGUAAGUUUCCAGAUAGCGCGCGCACGCACACAGCAACACACAACUUUUUACUGCAACUUUUUGACCGGUUCCACAUUUGCCCUGUAAGGGCAAUGUUGGAGAGUUUAGGGUACACUCCUCUGUGGAACUCCAGGCAAAGUGUGGGGAGAGAGAGAGGGCGGGGGGUCAGUCAUUUGGAGACUGUUCCUGUUUUAAUCACUGUAAACAAAAGAUGUAAUCACUAUUAGAAACACGUCUUUGAUGUUAUGUUUCUAUCAGGACCUCGAGAUCUCCUUUGGAUAAUCCGAUUUUUGAAUAAUUGGUAUUCAGAUCAUCGAGGUUCCUCUGUACACUAUUUCCUUUCACCCUUUCAACAUAGCAGCUGGUUUGUUUCUCCAUGUUUCUAUUUCAGUUUUCCCACUUUGUCCUUUACCUUUCUGUAGCUUUUGACAAGAUUAACCAUAUCAUCCUCAUCCAAGAACUCUGUUUUACAGACUAUUGUGAUUUGUUUGUGCUUUUUACUUUCCCAAUCCAUGAUAGAACAUCUAUCAUUGCUUUCUCAUCCUUCACAUUAUUUCAAAUAUAUUUUGUUGCCUUGCUUAUAUAGAAAGCAAUUAGCUUUAACAUAAUUGUGAUGCAUUCAGUAUCUCUUGUGAUGUUAGGUGAGUGUUGAGAGAGACCUAUAGAACUGUCCCAGAAGUGUAAUACGAGCAUCCGAACAAAUCAGGAGCAGAAAUAGAACCCUUGGCCCAUUGCACCUGAAUCUACCAUUCAAUAAAAUCAUGACUUAUUGCUGUCAA